CGACUCACGUCCCAUCGGCAGUCGGCGCCGAGUUCCUUUUCUUCUCUGCCCUCUCUUCUUCAUAUAUAUUUCUCCUCAAACCGCCAUAUCGCUUCAUUUUUCUCUCCCUCUUCGUAUCGUUUCAUAUAUAUUGAUUGAAGUUCGAAUCAGAAUUUAGCGUCAGUGAUUAGGAAGAACAUAAGAAGAUGCCGGGUCUAACCUGUAAUGCCUGUAACAAAGAAUUUCUAGACGUCGAUGAGCAAAAGCUUCACUACAAAUCCGAGUGGCAUCGAUAUAACCUUAAGCGCAAGGUUGCUAAUGUUCCUGGAGUAACAGAGGCAUUGUUUUUAGCUAGACAAUCUGCUGCAGCUGCACAAGAGAAUGCCAAAUCAAGAGAGACCGCAAUGUUAUACUCUUGUGGUCUUUGUAGCAAAGCUUAUAGGAGUGCCCAGGCACAUGCCCAGCACCUUAAGUCUAGGAGUCAUAUCAUUCGAGCUUCGCAAGGAGCACAUGAUCAAGAAGUCGAAAAGCCAAUAAUUAAGCCCCUUCCCCAGCGAAUUUCCAACAAGGCACCCCAACAAAGUGAGGAGGAAGAGAGUGAGGAUGAGUGGGAAGAAGUUGAUCCUGAUGAAGACAUGGUUGAUGGAAAUGAGGAUGAGGAUGAAGAUAUCGAUGCCAUUGAGGUGGACUUGGAUCCAUCAUGCUGCUUCAUGUGUGAUCUAGAGCAUGAUACCAUUGAGAGUUGCAUGGUCCACAUGCACAAGAAACAUGGAUUCUUUAUUCCUGACAUUGAAUAUUUGAAGGAUCCAAAAGGCUUCCUUACAUAUGUCGGCCUGAAGGUGAUGAGGGAUUUCAGGUGUCUGUACUGCAAUGAUAAUUGUCUUCCUUUUAGCAGCUUGGAAGCUGUUAGGAAGCAUAUGGAAGCAAAAAGCCAUUGCAAAGUGCAUUAUGGUGAUGAAGACGAGAAUGAAGAAGUAGAAUUGGAGGAAUUUUACGAUUACAGCAGCAGUUAUGUGGAUGGAGGUGGCAACCAGCUCGUACCAUCAGGUGCUCAAGACAAUACUGUCGAAUUUGGUAGUGGUGGAGCAGAGCUCAUCUUAGUUCAAGGAAGCGGCGAACGGCAAUCGACUAAAACACUUGGUUCCAGACAAUUUCUACGUUAUUAUCGCCAAAAACCACGACCAUCUCCUGCAAAUGAUGCAGCCAUUACUGCUGUAUUGGCAGCAAGGUACAGGAGUAUGGGAUUGGCAACGGUCCAAUCAAGAGAAAAGAUGAUCAGGAUGAAGGUGAUGAAAGAAAUGAAUCGAACCGGGUUGGAAGCAAUGCGCACCAAAAUCGGAUUGAAGAACAACGUAAUCCGAAACUUGCCUAAGAAUGUUCCACAUUAGAAUUGGUAUUUGUCUUUUAAAAUUUAAAUGGCUUGUGAUUGAAGAACGAACAAUCGAUUCUAACAAGGUGCAUUUUAAGUUUGAUGUACGUUUCCUGCCUGUAUUCUCUUAAAACACUACAAAGUUUUGUUUAUCUGUUUAGUUGAUGAUAAAUUAUAAUUAUAUUUAUAUGGUUGA